AUGCCUGUCUCAGAAGCAAUAGAAGCCGUUAAGAACAUCUCAAGCGAAGUAGUAGUUCUUCCAGGGACUGAAGAGUACGAUGAGCUUACGAAAUCAUACUUCUCGGAGCUGGAACGCGAGCUGAAGCCUGCAUGCUUCCUAACGCCGGGCUCACCAUCUCAAGUUGCGGACAUUCUAAAAGCUAUAAAGCCGUUCGGGCUUCAUUCCAAAGUCGCGAUCUGCGGCGCCGGCCAGCAGGCAACCCCUGGGGUUGCCAAUGUCCGCGAUGGCAUUACGAUUCAUCUGAAAAAUCUCAGAGGCAUCACGCUUAACCUAGGGAAUAAAAUCGUCUCGGUCGCGGCUGGUGAAAAGAUGGGAGAUGUGUACGAAGUCGUAAUGAGUGCGGGACUUGGUGUCGUAGGCAACCGACAUUCAAGUGGCGGGAUUGGAGGAGACGCUGUUCAAGGCGGUCUGUCAUAUUUCUCUUAUAGCCGUGGCUUUGUUUGCGACAAUGUAGUUAAUUACGAAGUUGUUCUCGCCAACGGAGAAGUCGUGAACGCCAAUGCUGAAACGAACAGCGACCUAUGGAUUGCACUUAAAGGCGGAGGAAACAACUUCGGGAUCGUCACUCGCUUUGACCUCCGCGUCUUCGAACAGGGCCAUUUAUGGGGCGGCAAGGUCUUCUACUUCCAACCUAGCUUUUCCAGGCAGAUACAGAGUCUUGUCGACUAUCUGCAUGAUCCAAAGCCCGAUACCGACGUCCACAUCUGCGUCAGUCUUGGAUAUGCCGGCGCUUUUGGAGACUUCGUUUGUAUGAACGAUGUUUUUAGUACGAGGCCAGAAAAGCCCAAAGCGCUUGAGCCAUUCGCGGACAUCCAGCCCCAGAUCGACCAAAUGAAUAGCUUACGCAUCGACAGCCUCAAGAACUUCACUAGCGAAGGGUUUGCUGGUGCGACUGCAAAUAGGGUGGUGAAAAUGUCUACAACUGUCAAGGCUAAUACUGACAUCCUCGAAUAUUCUGUCAAAGCCUACCACGCGGCAUUUGACAAAUUAAAGGGGGUCGCAAACAUCCUUUUCUCGAUCACCUUCGAACCGAUACCGGUAUCUAUGAUGGAGAACUCUAUCAUCCGCGGUGGAAACUCUCUAGGACUUAAGCCGGAAGACGGACCACUCGUCGUUGUGUUGUUCUAUACUUCUUGGGAUAAUGCAAGUGAUGACGAGCUCGUUUACGAUGUCAAUAAGGAGGCGAUUGCAACCAUCGAGAAGGAGGCACAAGACAAGAACGUAUCAGCAUCUUAUCGAUACUUGAACUACACGUUCCCUAACCAGGAUCCAUUUGCUUCGUAUGGCCCGGAGAGUAAGGCACAUUUGCUGAAGACCAGCGCGAAAUACGAUCCGGAUGGAUUCUUCGAGUCCGCAGGGGCGGGUCCAUUUAAACUCCGAAGAUGA